GUAAGGCUACCCCGAAAUCCUGAACAACUCUACCCAAUUGUUUAAAGUGAGCCACUUUAGAGAAUCAACUUCUGAUCCAAGGGCGUGGCAUCGAUGGCGAGCAACAGGAUGCUGGCACUGCCUCUGCUGACUCUGGCGGUCCUCGCCAGCUGCGGCUACACCGUGGAGGCCUACUCCAAGUACGGCCGUGGAUGCGGGGACAUUGGCUGCCUGCCCACCGAGGAGUGCGUCAUCACCAGCGACUCGUGCAGCUACAACCAGCGGGACGGCAAGGAUUGCGGCAACUAUCCCACCUGCAAGCGGCGCUCCGGCGGAGGAUCAUCCGCCUCGAACAGCAGCCCCAACUUGGCAGCCCCCUCGGCCAAUCCGUCAGGAUCGAGUCUGGGCCAGGGACCCGAGAACAACAUCUUUGCACCCGCCUCAUCGAACCCCACGCUUAACACCUACACGUACAACCAUCAGCAGGGUGGCGGCGAUAGCGGUGGCGAAGGCCACGGCCACGGAAACGGAAACGGAAAUGGCAACGCCGGAAACGGAAACGAUCGCGACAAGGGCGGAAACGCGGGGGCGGCGGGCGCCUCCUCGACGGGCGUGAUAGAUCCGCACUACGUGUUCGGGGCCAAGCACCACAUGCCCGUCAUACCGAACAUGCCCAUCUUCCCGUACAACUCGCCCACGUCGGCGCCUCCGUUCCAGCAGUUCCCUCAACCCAACCAUCCAGGCAGCGUACUCAAUCCCGGCUACCCCAUGCACGGCCUGCAGCCGGUGAACCCGUACAAUCCGCCCUUCAUCUUUGGCCAGCUGCCGUUCUAUGGCGGCGGCGGACCGACCGGCACCGGCGGUCCGCCCGGCGGCGUUGGAGGCGGCGGCAAUGGCGGCGUCGGCGGCGGCGUCGGCCUGCCCAGCUCGACGCUGGGCAUCCUCGGCGGCGGCGGCGGCGGCCUGGCGCCCUACGGCAGCAACUACCAGGGCUAUCAGGGCUACCAGAGCCAGCACUCCAACGCAAACAUGUACAACAAGCCGCCGCCGCAGUACCAGAACCAGAACCAACAGAACCCCUACAACCGGCGCACCCAGGCGCAUCCCUCGGCAGCCGGCAGUCUGGGCGGACUGGGGAUGCCCGUCCUGCUCCUGGCGCUCGUCCUGGCCCUCCUGCCGCACACGUAAUAAGCUGGGCGGCACCAGCGGAAUAGCGGCACCAGAGCACGACUCCCGACGACCCCGGCAAAUUAACCCUUCCCAUAUGUUCGGGAUAACCUUCAUGGAAUGAGCCCAUUUUCACUGUAUUGCAUUGCUCCACUAACAAGAGAUCACUUUCAAAGGUUCAACGGAUUCCUAGAUAUCCUAGAUAUUCCGAAAAACACUGCUUUUAUUAGGCAUUUAGAAAUGCCGAAGCAGUAAAUUUCAAAUUUUCAAGCCAAGUGCUCAGUAAAAAUGGGCGCUCGCCUGAACGUUAUGCUCUACUUAUGUCCUACUUAUUAUUUUCCACCUUAUUGUCCUUAUUUUCCUUGGUACUUGUUUGACCUUAUGUUUUGGCUUAGGCUUAAGAAAAAUGUAAAAGCAGUAGCAGCAGCAGUCAGCUGGGCAUUUUCAAAACUGUACGACCUCAAAGUUGGUCGCUUAUUUAUUUAGGAACACGAACUCGAAGCAAUUGCAGUUUUGCCCGCAGCUUUUGGUGCUGCGUAUACGUAACUUCAAGGACCUCAGCUCACUAGGUACUUAAUUGUUGUUUUUUCCCGACCAGUCCGAGGCGACUGUAGCUCUAUUUGUUCCAUGAGAAAAUACACUUUUGCUGGGCAACUUGCAUCUCCCACAUAGUGGUAAAUAUUUCGUAGCUUUCGCUACAAUUCAAAGGUUGUAUUUUAAUUACACUGUAAGCUGUAAGCCGUUGCCACCCCCCGUUUACCCCUCGUUCUACGUAUUUUGGCACUUUUUCUCGGCAGCCCUUCCUGUCUCGCCCACACUGCGAAUACUUAAUUUCAAUUUAAUAUUGUAGAAGAGCGUGUGUGUGUGUGUGUGCGCAUUCGUGUGAGUUCAUUGGUAUGUGUGCGAAUUUUCGGCCAUCAGUCAAGGGGAACUGCCGCCCCUGGGAGCCGCUCUUUUUUGCAGCUCAAUUAAAUUGGAAUUUAAUUUCGGGCUUAGACAGCCAGCCUCUGGUCAGCGGGGGCGUGGCAAGUCUGACCGCCACACACGGACACACACACUCACACACACACACACACAUAGACGGCACGGUUGGGUAACUUUGAUGUUAAUUUCAUUUUUGUUGAUGCUACGAAUUUGCGGCCAGACACUGGCGGAUCCAGGGCUUUCGAUGAUGCCACUGCAACUGGCGCUGCUGCUGCAGUCACAAAUACAGCUACAGAUACAGAUACAGAUACAGAUACAGAUACUUAGACGGAUAGUGUUGUAGAUACAAGAUACGCAUGUCAAUCAAAAUGCAUAAUGAGCUACAUUCGAGAGCAGAGCACCAAGUGCGCUGCGUGCAACCAGAAGCGAUUGUUUUUUUUAUACGAUUACGAAUAUGAAUAAAUAACCACUGAAGCAAGU